AUGAAAGUCAAGAGGGAGCCAUCGUCCUCUCACUCCAGCGCCGGCCCGGCCUGGGCCAAUCACAAGAGGUCCUCGGAGCCUUCGUGGGCUCCCCAGGGCUCUAAGAGGACUUUCACUCCUCCACUGGACUACUCCCUCAACGACAAGCCUUCCCCUGAUAAGAAUGGAUCCUCUCAGUCUGGUAAACUAACAGUGCUCACGCCUGACCAGCAGAUCUCAGCCAGGCCUCCCCAUCGAGUUGCUCAGCGCCUGGAUCCAGAGGCAGCCCCACAAGGCGCGGAGAUCCACCGCCAGUACCGCGACGGUGACCGCAACAUCAGGUUUAAGAGGAACGCCCCGUCCCACUUUCCCUCCACAGACUCAAGCUCCUUCCCCUCGGGAGCCCAGAGGGCUGUGGGGCUGGGGCGCAGGGCGGGCCGAGAGGUGGCCAGGGUCGCUGGGGGUUCGUCCAGGGCAGCUCAAGGUCAAAGGUCACAGGGGGAGACUGGACACUCGUCAUAUAACCAUCAUACCGUCACUCAUACGCAGUCCCAGGGGGCUAGAGGAGACUUCAACCACAUACGCUCUCCUAGAGGUUUUGAGCGGCGGGUCCCUAAACACACCGCCCAUACGGAGGGAGCAGAGGGGGACGGCGGCUCUCAACAUCCCCCCCGGUCAGGAAACAUCCCUUCCCUGGUUCCCAGGCCUCCCUCCACUCCUCUGGUCAAACAAGUGGGCAAAGAGUACACCCUCAAGUGCAGGUUCUGUGAGGCAGUGUUCCAUGGAUCUCAGUCAGUACAGGAGGACUGGAUCAGACACCUGCAGAAACACAUCCUGGACCUCCGCUUCAACAAGGCCUGUCCUCCCCCUGACCCAGAACGGCCCCUGGUCCCGGGCAUCGAACCCUCAGCCACCACCACCACCCCGGUCCUUCUGGCACCACUGGUGGUUUAAAUGGUUCACUACUAUGGCUACAGUCACUGCAUUUCCCUUAUUACCACUUAGUUGGAUCGUCUUAUCUGUUGUUCAUCUGUUUGUUUUCCUCAAAGGACUGUUGAACUCAGUCUACACUGUGGUAAAAACACCUAAUAAGGUGUGUGUGUGUGUGUGUGUGUGUGUGUGUGUGUGUGUGUGUGUGUGUGUGUGUGUGUGUGUGUGUGUGUGUGUGUGUGUGUGUGUGUGUGUGUGUGUGUGUGUGUGUGUGUGUGUGUGUGUGUGUGUGUGUGUGUGUGUGUGUGUGUGUGUGUGUGUGUGUGUGGGAGUGAUGCGUUCAUUUAUUUAUUCAGCGUUAAAGGAAUGACUUGGUUUGAAUGAUAACUGCACAAAGUGGAUAUACUGUAGCACUAGUCUUGUCCACCAGCUGUGUCUCUCUCUAGCUGUUAGCCUGGGGAUAAGGUUAGUGUAGCACAGACAGUUAGCCUGGGGAUAAGGUUAGUGUAGCACAGACAUAUCUGUACCAGCCUCAUAACAACUCUAGAGGGCCUACUUGGGCCAGUUGAAGAAGUCUACUUUCAGUAACUACUCUUGCUGGGUUAACUUAGACAUGGAGUCAAACAAACAUUCAUUCACCAUGACACAUUCAUACCACUUAGUAGUCUAGCAAUGGUUACAUUCCAUGUCUUUAUUGGGAUGUUUAUUGCACAUUGCUUUCAUAGAAACCUAAAUUCAUAGUAGUCUGACAUUGGAUGGAAUGGGUUUCCAUAGACUGUAGUCAGUGAUGUCACUGAAGAAGUAAGGCAAAGCCUGUUCGAGCAUUAAAUACAUCCCCCUUGUUUCAACUGUUCCAAAGCAGUGUGGCAUUAUAGGUUGCAUUGCAGAAUAGCAGGGAAGGAAGCAUGUUCACUUUUGAAUUAUGGUCUGAAAUGUCCCUAUUGUACAGGAAUUUGUAUUAGAUUUUUUUAAUGAAUGAUGUUUUUAAAUGUAGAACUGUUUUCUGAAGUAAAGAAAUAUAAGACAAGGUU